AUGGUUGUUUUCGGGGCCCCUGGUCUUCAGGGUCGCAAAUCGACCGUGGCAAUCGCCAUGUUGAAGGAGGACUUGACAGACAAGUCCCUUCCGUUCGGGGUGGACCUUCUGCUACCGCAGGUGGGCGAGGGGGCGCGGAAAACCAACAAGGACUACACGGGCGGCACGUUGCCAGAGCUGAUAGACAUCAUCAUCGAGGAGAAGGCCAGCCUUUUCAUCUGCGCCGUCGGGGUCCCGCCCAAGUGGGCGGUCGACAAGCUGCACGCCGCCGGGAUCCCUAUCAUGAACAUGAUUGGCGCCGUGAAGCAUGCGAGCAAGGCCCUGGAUGCGGGCGUCGACAUUAUCUGCGCACAGGGCGGCGAGGGCGGGGGCCACACGGGGGACGUCCCGACGUCGAUCCUGCUGCCGAAGGUGGUGGAUGCUGUCAGGGGCCGGACAUCACCCUUGACUGGAGACCCCGUGAUGGUCGUGGGUGCCGGCGGGAUCUUCGACGGCAGGGGGUUGGCGGCCGCGUUGGCGAUGGGGUGCAGCGGGGUGUGGGUGGGCACGCGUUUCAUCGCCUCGGAUGAGGCGGGCGCUGGGCCUCUCCACAAGCAGAGGGUGGUGACCAGCGACUACACUGACACCAUUUCGGGGGAACGGGCCGGCGGAUUCAAGACCCCGUACGCCGUUGAGUUCGAGGAGAAGCGCCAGGAGACGGGGAUUAAGAGCAUGGCCAGCAUCGGCAUACCUCCCUUUGUGGCGGACGUCGAUGAGCUCGAGGGCGGCUCCUCUAUCGGCACGCUGCAGCUGGGGGAGGUGCGCACUAAGAAAGAGAUCGCGGAGGGUGUCGAGCUCAGCCCCCUGGAGAGGCGGAAACGCGGCGUGUUCCUGACCGGCCAGGCGGCCGGGGCGAUAACCGAUAUCCUGCCCGCUGCCAAGAUCAGGACAUGGUCGCCCAGGCUGCGGAGCAGCUCAGGUUGGCCGGAACGUUGUUGUCCUCCAAGCUGUGAUUGGCUUCAAUGGGUGCUCCGUGAUCAUGCCACAAGGGUGAGCAACAAGAGGGGAGAGGAGAGCAGGGGGCGCGGCGAGCACGAGACAGUGCCCUGGCCCGACGUGAAGCAUAGGCGGCGGAGCGAGGCUCGGAGGGCAGCGUUUGAAGCCUCGCCCUCGCUGCCAGGCUGCGCCGGAGCUGCACCCAGCGCCUCCCUGCCCCUCUGCGCCUUCCGUCCGCGGUGGCCCGAGCUGCGCGGGCAGGCGGGUGCGGAGCUCUCCCCUGCCAAGGGCCCAGGCUUCCGACGGCCCGACUUGUUGUCGGGUCUCCCGCCCCUGCGACGGCUCGAGAUUUUUCGAGUCGCCGGCCGCCAGAGGUCGGAGUUCUGGGGAGGGGGGGAGGUGGUGGGCAGGUGUUUCCGUGUCUUGUGCAAUGCGGGCCUCCAGUGGCUUUUGGGGAGACUUUGGGGACUUCCCGAGGACUUUCACUUCUUCGGGGCCGGCUUUUCAUCCUGA